ACGCAUGAAAGAGAGAAAUAUUCGAAGUAAUAUUCCCACCACAAAAUCGAUAGUAAUAAUUAAACAAAGAUUGUCAGGGUUUUCUGUACGGUUUCUCUCUCUAAUCUAACCUACAGAAAAUGCAAACUCAAUUUCCACAAAUUAAAUACUCACGAUUCACGAACUCCAGAUGAUCCAGCAAUAGAAUUCGAAUACAACUGAAAAAUCAGUUGAAUUUAAUUUCAUAAAUGGAAGCUAGGGUUGGAAUAUCGAGUCAUGGAGGAGUGGUGGAUGGUGGUGGUGGUGCUGCCACCAGGAAGUUUCUCCACCGCCACCAUUCACGGCCGCAGCAGCAGGAUCCGCCGCAUAUAUCCCAGAUUGGUACUAUGCCUCAUCUCCUCGCCGGUGGUGUCGCCGGAGCUUUCAGCAAGACAUGUACUGCGCCUCUUUCUCGUCUCACCAUUCUCUUUCAGGUACAAGGCAUGCACUCAGGUGUUGCAGUAUUGAGUAAGCCCAGUAUGUGGCAAGAGGCAUCACGUAUUGUCAAUGAAGAAGGUUUUAGAGCUUUCUGGAAAGGAAAUCUGGUUACGAUUGCUCAUCGACUUCCUUAUUCUUCAGUCAACUUCUAUGCAUACGAACGCUACAAAAGUAUUUUAAAAUCCAUCCCUGGACUGGAUGGUCAUGGGGGAAAUGCAAGUGCGGAUAUUCUUAUGCACUUUAUGGGUGGUGGUUUGUCAGGAAUAACAGCUGCUUCUGCCACUUAUCCACUAGAUCUUGUGAGGACACGGCUUGCUGCACAGAGAAAUGCAAUAUACUACCAGGGAAUUUCUCAUGCAGUUCGAACUAUUUGCAGAGAUGAAGGUUUUUUUGGUUUGUACAAAGGACUUGGAGCAACAUUAUUGGGUGUUGGACCCAGUAUAGCCAUAAGCUUUUCUGUUUAUGAGACCUUGAGAUCUUAUUGGCAUUCUCAAAGGCCCAAUGAUUCUACUGUUGUGGUCAGCCUUGCUUGUGGCAGUCUUUCUGGGAUUGCCUCAUCAACAGAAACCAGAAAAUCAUGAGGUACCUGCCCUUCGAAGUAACACAAUUCUUCUCAGAUGAUCAUGAUAUUAUUCUAUUGUUGAUAAUAUUUCUCUGAAGUUUCUAAGUUGUCUCUGAGCUCGGCUUAUUCUUGAAGCUCAAAAACUUACAUGGUCAGGCCCCUUAUGCCACAAGUGCAUAAGAAUCCAAAGUAGCAGGCAGUACACUACAUGGCAUGCUAAGGUAAGCAACUUCCUGAUAUCAGAUAAAACACCAGAUCAUUUUUCAGAUUACAAGGAUUCUUUAGCGGUAGUUUCUUCUUUCUGACAAGUUUUUCUCCCUUGAACUACCAUAUAUCGCAUGUAUCAGGCUGUCCAGUAAGAUAAGAUGUCCAUAAGGGCAUGUUUCCAAGGUUGGACUCAACAGUACUUGAUGCAGGGUAGCGUGUAUAGAUGCAUGAGAACACGAAAGUAAAAAACAACCUCAUGUUGAUUCACUGAUGAAUACCAUAGAACUAGGCAUCAAAGACUCGUUGACUCUCAUGGAAUGCUGAGAAUUUAGGCAUAUGAUUGAGAACACCAAUUUUUCAUUUCAACAAGUCUGACUUUCCAAAGACGUGUGGUCCUAUUUAUCCAAUACUAUAGAAUUCUAUUUAUGAGGAAAUUUCAAAAUAUCAUAAUAAAAUCCUAUACGAUAGUAAUUGCAAGACUUCAAUAAACAAAACUUUGUUAUGAAGAAAAUGUUCUAAAACUACCAUAUAAUUCUAAAAUUGCCAAAUACUUAAUUAUUUCUAUAUGUGGGCUGAAUUAGAACUGGUUAUGAAUAAGGAAGAAAAGAAGUUAGAUUUUCAUGUUGCCCUCUCCAAUACUGUUUAACUCAGUCCACCAGUUUACAAUAAUUUUAGGCAUUUAGAAGAGAAUUUAUCCAUUGCCUAUCUGAUUAGGCAGCCUGUAGCUUUCUCCUUGCUUUACAAAAAUUAUCUUUGCCAUCUUUGAUCACAAGAAAUUCCAACAUUUCUACCCAGAAUAUGAUGGAAUUUCCACCUAAAUUUGUACUGCAAGGUCAAAAAUGAGAGCAAUGCUGACCCCAAGAUAUCACUCCAAAACUAUGCAAGCCAAAGGAGGUUGAAAUUAUUAUUUUCUUUCUUUCUAUAGUUCAUAGACAGAACAGUUUUACGAAUUCUCCCGUCACUUCAGGAUUUCUUUCUCAAUUACAUUAGUGUUGGAAUUGGUUCAAAAAAUUAACCGAAAAUUGGUUAAGUGUAAAACUAAGAAAAUGAAAAGGUGUAACUU